GCAAUGCUCCACGUCACCUGGGCUGAAAAAGAUGGUGGCCGUCGUGUUAGUUUAUGACAAAUUUUUUAACCGUGCGUGAACUAUACUAGAGCAUCUCUUUAAUAUAUAUAUAUAUUUACAAUUUACUUUUGUUUGUUGUGCGUGAAUCUUUCUCGAAGGCGGCUACGAGUUUUGUUGUUAAUCAAAACUCUUUGUUUCUCGAAUUUUUGAAAAAAGUUACCGUGUAGCCAUUCGGGCUGAACAACACCCACUACAAUGGCUAAUGCUAUUAAGCAAGUCAUCAAUGAGGUGGCUGAAAAAGUUAAAAUGCCCUCCACACCCACUCGUCUGAGGGAUUUGAUACGCCAAAUUCGUGCUGCCAGGACAGCUGCAGAGGAGCGGGCUGUGGUGAACAAAGAAUGUGCCUACAUUAGGGCAUCAUUCAGGGAAGAGGAUUCACAAUGGAGAUGUCGGAAUGUUGCCAAGCUGCUCUACAUACACAUGCUUGGCUACCCAGCUCAUUUCGGUCAACUAGAGUGUCUGAACCUUAUUGCCUCACCCAGGUUCACCGAUAAACGAAUUGGAUAUCUUGGGGCAAUGCUUUUGCUGGACGAACGCCAAGAUAUUCAUGUCCUCAUCACCAACUCCUUGAAGAAUGAUUUAAACAACCCCGUCCAGUUUAUCGUUGGUUUGGCCCUGUGCACCUUGGGUGCCAUUGCGUCGCCUGAAAUGUCACGCGAUUUGGCUUCUGAAGUUGAGCGGUUGCUCAAGUCCACCAACGCCUACUUAAGGAAGAAGGCGGCCUUGUGUGCUUUCCGAAUUAUCGGCAAAGUGCCAGAGCUCAUGGAAAUGUUUUUACCCGCAACAAGAUCACUCAUCUCAGAUAAAAAUCACGGCGUUUUAAUUACGGGAGUCACACUAAUCAUCGAAAUGUGCGAACGGAGUCCAGACACUUUGAUUCACUUCAAAAAGGAGCAUCGCGAGGUGGUCCCCAGUUUAGUGCGUAUUCUCAAGAAUUUGAUCAUGGCAGGUUAUUCACCAGAGCAUGAUGUUUCUGGUGUGAGCGACCCCUUUCUCCAGGUGAAAAUUUUGCGGUUGUUGCGAGUCCUGGGCCACAACGACGCCGAAGCUUCUGAAGCGAUGAACGACAUUUUGGCGCAGGUGGCCACCAAUACGGAGACGUCGAAGAAUGUCGGCAACGCCAUUCUGUACGAAACGGUGCUUUCGAUAAUGCACAUCAAGUCGGAGAGUGGCUUACGUGUCCUGGCCGUCAACAUUCUCGGCCGCUUUCUGCUCAAUAGCGACAAGAAUAUUCGAUACGUGGCGCUCAACACACUGUUGCGCACCGUUCACGCAGACAAUUCGGCCGUCCAGCGACAUCGUGCCACUAUACUCGAGUGCCUUAAGGAUCCCGAUGUAUCCAUCAAGAGGAGGGCGCUGGAAUUGAGUUUUGCGCUCAUCAACGGAUCCAACAUCCGAGUGAUGAUGAAGGAGCUGUUGGCGUUUUUGGAGAAAUCCGACGCCGAAUUCAAGGCCCAGUGCUCGUCUGGAAUUGUCAGCGCUACUGAAAGAUUCUCACCCAACCGGCGGUGGCAUGUCGAUACGCUGCUGAGAGUUUUGAUUGCCGCUGGCAACUUUCUGCGAGACGACGUCGUUUCCAACACGAUCCAAAUCAUUUCGGAGAGCGCCUCGCUCCAGGGCUACGCAGUCGGUCAGUUGUGGAGAGCCGUUAGCUGCUCUUCGGGCUCUUUACAGCACGACGGACAGCCGGGCGAUUUAGACUUGCAAGGAGCUACGCUGCCCAUCUCCGAACGCCAGCCUUUGGCUCAAGUCGCUUCGUGGUGCCUGGGCGAGUACGGCGACAGUCUCAUUAAUGGACACACCAACGCCAGCGAACAGGAAGAACCGGUCGUUGCCGGUGAGGACGAAGUGGUUGAUUUCAUUCAGGGCAUUCUCUCGUCGAGCCAAAGUACCAUCGUUACCAAGCAAUACGCUUUGACGGCCCUCACCAAGCUCAGUACACGUUUCAGCGUCACUGUUGGUCGUAUCGAAGAUAUCGUGACCAGUUUCGGCACUCAUUUGAAUGUUGAGCUGCAGCAGCGCGGUAUCGAGUACGCCCAGCUAUUUACCAAGCACGUAGCACUACGUCCGGCCAUCAUGGAGCGCAUACCGCCCAUGGAACACAAGACAUCACACCAGGGACUGACGAACGGAAGUUCCAGAGGAAACGGAGUCAGCAAUGGCGACGAUGACAUGUUAAUGGAUGAUUUGAAUUCUUUCACAACUACCAGCAUCACAAGUAAUUCGGCACCGGCCACUAAAGAUUCGAAUUCUUUGCUCAAUCUACUGGGUGGAUUGGACAAUUUUGAUAAUGACCCUGCCCCGAUGGUUACGAGCUCAAAAGCCUCUACAGCUCCGUCUGCCUCGAAUUUGGAUCUGCUCGACUUGUUGGGCGGUUUGGACUUGAGCGGAUCGACGACACUUUCGUCAGCUCCGCCACCCAUCACUACACCUACUGGUUCUACAAGCAGCAGCUUAGUCAAUAAUAAUUUGGCUAAUUUGCUCAGUUCACCGACGACCCAAAUGAGUGCCGCCAUCCCGCCUAGUUCUAAUUUCUUAAUCGAUGGGUUCCUAGGGACUGCACCUACACCCCCACCAAAACUUCAAAAUGUAACGGCCUAUGAUAAAAACGGACUCAGAGUGGAUUUCUCUUUUGACCGUCCGGUCGACAACCCCAAUUUGGUGAUAGUCACAUUGACGGCCAGCUCUUCGUACGGUUCCACACUGUGCGAUUUCCUCUUCCAGGCCGCCGUGCCGAAGACAUUCCAACUGCAAAUGAUGCCGGCCUCUAGCACGGUUAUUAAUUCUGGUAUUCCCGUCACCCAAGUCAUGCGCAUUCUAAAUCCCACGAGAGCGGUACUAAAAAUGAGGAUCAAAUUGUCCUUCUCUAGAGACGGGAUGGCUAUUCAGGAUCAAGACGAAGUCAAAAACCUCCCAGCAGCCUUGUGGCAAUGAUUUUGUGUUAUUUUCUUUUUUUAAAUGGCGAAAUUCAAAAGAAAAAAAAAAUAGCCAAAAACCUUCAAAAAUUGGAGUGUGGAAGGAUGAAAUGCUGAAAACAAGGAGAAUCUUAGUAUAUUCGAAAGAAAGAAAGAAUAAAAGAAUAAACACACGUACAUAUACAAUUAUACAUACAGUCGACGGUCUGCUGUUGCUGUUUCUGCUGUUGCUGCAAAAAUCAAUGCCUUGCCUUCUUUGCUAUGAUUUUCUAACUGUGGGUGAUUCCCUUCUCUCUUCCCCCCCUUCUUUUUCCACCUGCACCCACCGUCUUCGAAUUAAAAAAUCUUUUUUUUUUCCUACUUCCUGCGGCAUGAGAACAUUAGAGAGAAAAAACAAAUCGAAUUCAAGGAAGAAUAAUCAUCGUCUUGUGUAUUUUGAUGCAAAAAUUACAAAAAAAAAAUUCCGUGUAAAAUAAGUUGAAUUCCCUUUGCGAAGAGGAUGCAAAGGGUCCACUUAGUGAUGUCUAAAAACAACAACCAACGGUCUGCCCAGCUGUAUUACCCACUUUUGUUUCUUUUUUCUUCUCCUUUAUCCCCCACGUCCGCUGUUAUUACUCGUUUUUGUUUGAAUUUUUCCCUUGUGUAUGUUUAAAAGCCUCCAAGGCCCUUUAUACACCUUGUAGGCUUCAAUUUGUACCUUUCCCUCUUUAUUCCCUCAUUAUAAAGCACUUUUUUUUCUAGUUUAGUAGGCAUAUACCAUGUGUGGUUCUCAACAAUUCCUGUGAAACUUAUUGAAGGAAACGAUUAUUAAAAAACUGUUAAUUGUCUUCA